AUGGCUAGCAGCUCGAACAAAGAGGAACACGACGGAGACCUCUCCAGUGAAUAUGAGAAACAACGUAUGAGUUUUAUUGCAGAUUUGCGCCGUUUCAAUGAAAACAGAGGGACACCCUUUGACCGUAUUCCAGAAAUAGGAGGACGUCAGAUCGAUCUUUAUCAUCUUUAUCAAAAAGUCACUGGCCUUGGAGGUCGGCAGAAGGUCAAUAAUGAACAGCAAUGGGAGAACAUCCAGGAGGAGUUUCAUCUUCCUCGUGCCUGUGUUAACAGCACCCAGGCCCUGAAAAACAUCUACUUUAGGUUUUUGAAUCUUUACGAGAAGGUGAACUUUUUAGGGGAAGAUCCAGAUGUAAAAAAUAACGAGGAAGAAGAUGCUCCAGCGCGGAAAAAGAUCUGUCUUCCUAUAGAUUCUAUUCCCCUGUGUUAUAAUUACAACCAGCACAAACUAACAGAUGCACUGAGGCAGCAGCACAGUCUGUCGACAGACCUGUACAGCCAGAGUGAUUAUGAGAAGCUGCUGAUGUCCCUGCGCUCUGGUUUGCCCAAUGAAGUGGACCUGGCAGUAAAUGUGUGUGUGCUGUUAUCCACCGAAGGCAAGCACUGCAUCAAGCUGGAGAAGUGCCCACAGCUGCUGCAUCUGCUUCUAGCCCACGUGGGUGUGUUUGAAGGUAAGGAUUCAGACGAGAUGCAAGAUCUGUAUCAGCACUGUUGGUUGCCCUACACCAAGAGGAACUUUUUGAGGUUUUGGUACGAGACAGUUGACAGUGCUGAUGUCAGAUCCCUAAUAACCUGGAGGGGACAGCAGUACAUACAGAGAGAAUUGGUAGGGGCUGAAGUUUUAAACCUGGGCCGAGAUCUGGGAACAUCAGAUGUUGAAGGGCAGAGAGUUGGGCAGAUAGCUGUGUUUCUGCACAAUCUUUCAUUUGAGGAGGAGAACCAGAAAAUCCUGGCCAGCAGCUACUUAGCCUACAAGUUUGUCAUGUUGAGCUUGCACAGCACAUACGGAUGUCUCAGACAAUUAGCACUGGACACCUUCGCAAAUCUUUCCUGUGAGCUGGCACUUGACAGUGUCAAGGGUGUUGACUGUCGGCUAGUGCUGAACCUACUUAAUACUGCCCUGUUUUCUGAGGACAGGUUUUUCCUGGUCAGAGGUCUUGAGAUCUUAAGUAAAAUGAGCCAGGUGGCCAGCAGCGAGAGCAUCAUGGUGGAGCAUCUGAGAGAGGAUGUUUACAAGCGGCUGUUGGAUCUACUGACAGUGCAGGACAUUCAGCUGAUCGUCCACACGCUCGAGGCUCUCUACAAGCUGUCCAAGAUCGGGGAACCCUUCACCACGAGGAUAUCCCGGGUUCACAGAGCUAUUGAGACACUAGUAAGCUUGAUAACAAUUGAGGCACAGUCGUUUGGCCCUGGCUCUCUGGUGGGGAUCAAGGUUGUGGAGUAUGUUCCACCCACUCAUGUCAGCAGCGAGGAAGGGGAGAAUCCUCGGAGGCCCACCACAGUCAUUCAGUCCAUCAACCCAGACUCUGUCAAUAUCUACCAAGUGCCUGUCAACUCCCAGAGCCAGUUAAGUGGUGUACCAGACACUGGCGGGGGGAAGGGCCCAGGUGGAGGGGGAGAAACCCCAAAAGCAGCUGCAUCUGAUAAAGAAAAGGAAGCAGUCACAGAUAUUCAAGUCACAACUACCAGCUGGUUAAAUGCGACCUUUGAACUGAAGAAGAAGAGUAAGGUUAACCAGGUGGAGCUGUUUUCAGAAUACUUGCAGUUCUGCCGGAAGUUUGGGAUUAGCAACGCUUUGUCUUCAGCAGAUUUCUUACAGUUGGUCAAAGCAACAUUUAACCAGUGUGAAGUGCUGAGCAUUAACCGAAAAAAUGGAGACAGGGACGUCUAUUUUGAGGGGCUCUGCAAAAGGCCGGCCCAGAAGCCUUUUGCUGUAACGACUCUGCCACCAGAAAAAG